GCUUUUGCAUGAAAGGGUUCCCCGCAUGGAUGAUGGCAGCCAACUUCUCAAAGCAUUGAAUGUUUUGAUGUUGAAAAUCCUGUGUUAAGCAUAUUCUUCAAGUGAUCAGAGACAACAUGGACAUGUCUCUUGCUAGAUCAUCCUUGGAUUUGGUUUUUUUCCACAUCUCCUCUUUGGAAGCUGGGUGCCAAGCCCUAGAGAUGGACAAAAGAAAUGAGGGAAAGCCUGGAGAAGCAAGGGCUCUUUUGAGGCGUUCCGUUAGGGAAGGUCCGAGGUAGCAGAACAAAGUGGUGAUGUCUCACGAUGUGUAUCUGGACCAGUUUUUACUAGAUGGGAGGCCUUCCAUUCCCCGAGCAAUUGCGAUGAUAGAUGGCCCCAUGGACUGGAAUGAAGCUCUUGAUACCAUUCAGCAUGGCUCCCUUAAACAGGACAAGACCAUCGUGGAGAGUAGUAGUGCUUAUGGUAGAGCCCAAAUGGCUCGUGAUGAAGUUACAGUGGAUGAUGGUGAUGCAAUCUUCGUCUCUCCUUUGCAAGAUUCUAGAUUGUGUAUCGGGCCAUCAGCAAUCGAAGGAGUCGAAAACGGCAAUCAGCUGUACGAGUCAUAGACGCGUACGAAAAAAAUCGAACAAUUGUUUUAGGUUUCAGCAUGGCCCAACAGAAUGCUUGCUGAAUACCAUCGAGGCAUGUGCAAUCAGUGUCUAGCCGGAUAUGGGAAAGAGAUAAAUUCGCAAAAGAAGAAAACAGGUGUCAUUGCUCCAAAACGGUUUGUGCAGCAAGUGAGGAAACAGAGAGAGGUUUUAUGAGGGUACAUGCAUCAAGUAUGAUGUUAACAUUGUUGAGUAUUUUUUUCCUUUAUUUGAGGCGCGAUUCAAUCCCCUUACUUGUUCUGUUGUUUUUUAAAUGAGCCUGUGAAAGCAAAGUUAUGAUGGAAAUUCAGUGGUUCUGUAGCAUUUUAUUUUCUACCAUGCAAGUACAACACGUGCCAAGUUAUAGCUUGAUGCAGACGAGUGUUUUCGAGUCGUGUAUUGGUUUUUACUUCCAUACAUGUGUUGUAAAUAACUGGAAAUAAGUAGAAAUUGUAAGCUCAUACUUUUAUGGUUUGUUUUCCUUGUAAUUUUUGGCAUGAGAAAGGUCAAACCAGCAAAUUUGUAUCAGCCUAGCUUUCAAAAAUACUCAACACCAUUCAAUUCAACGGGCAUGACGGACGUGCCUUGCACCCUAGUUGUAAUAAAAGAACGAAGAUGGCUUGCCAAGCCAUGCCGUGAAAAUACAAAAUUGCCCUCGUAAGGUUUGUCCUCCGAUUUGCUGAGCUUGGGGUAGUUUAGGUAUUGCAUGUCUUCUUUCCACAACAAGAAAAGUAAAGCUUCCUUUUCCAUAAUUUGAGGGAGGAAGUGUCCUCACAUUACUGUUGGUGCUGCUGUAAAUAUAUCCAAUACAUCAAGACAAUCUCUCUCUCUUUC